AUGGACAAGGUGCGGGCAGGAUGCGCUAUAUGCUGGGUGCUAGACAACUUGGGGCCGGACAAGUGGCGGACGCACAAGACAAUGAAGUGUAUAGCACAAGCAGGCUCAGAGGUAUUGCGCUACAGGCAGGGACGUUACAGCAAAGUGUCAAUAGCCAAAUGUAGUAGUACCGCUGUUGGGAUUAUCCGACAGUGCGGAUACUGCGGAAAGCUAGGCGGAGACUGGAGAGAGUAUGCAGCAUGGUUAGGGAAGCGGCAUAGGUAUCAGGUAUAG